UUAGGCAUAAUACGCCAAAGCAUUAGGCGCAAUAACCACAUGCUGCGUAUUGUUUGAUAAGGAAGGGGUUGUAAAGGGCGCGACGCAUGCGCAUUAGUUUCAUUUUAAGAUUAUUGGCUUUUCCUGGCUAAAGUUUUCCUCAUUUUCCGGGAUUUUAAUCAUUAAUUUACAAUUUUCGGUGCUUCAAAUCACAUAGAAAAAUAACGACGGGGUUCGCUUUCCAUUUAUUUAAACCCUUAACGGCUUUACACCGCCACAGUCAACCCUCCGAACUCGAGAACAAAAGGGAACCAUUUGCAAGAAAUUUCUGCAUUCUUUGUUAGCUUUUUUUAGUUUUUUUUUGUUUAUUGACCGUGAAAUUGAUGCAUCUGCUGUACAGUGAGUCUUAGUUUACAGUUUUUACUUUGAAAAAUAUUGGGGAGCAGUAUGCUGGUCGUUUUCUAGCAGUCGUUUUGCCAGUUAAGAGAAGCGUCAAUUAAAAAAAGUUCCAAUGGAGCCAGAGUCAGACAAACUGUCCCAUAGGUCGGCAAUUUCCGUUGGCAGGGUCAAUACCAUAAUGAAAAGUUCCUCAGAUGUGGAAAAUGUCAGCAAAGAGUCCUCACUAGUAAUGUCCAAAGCGGUGGAAUUGUUUAUUAAGAUGCUCACCGAGGAGGGUUUCGGUGAGGUGCAGCAGACCAACAAGAAGUUGGAAUACAAGUGUUUAUCUAAUGUGGUGCAUCGGGAGGAUAAAUAUAAGUUCCUGAGAGAUAUUUUACCUAAAAAGAUCACCGUUUUGCAGUAUAAAGAGAUUGUGGCUAAGAGGAACAGGGAGGAGAAGAAAGAGGGUGAAAAGGGGUCUUCGACCGAGGAUUCCGACGGUAGUAGUAGUAGCGGUAAUAGUGAUGGUGAGGUGGAUAGUAAUGACAGUGGUGGAUCUGUUAAGUAAAUAAGUCACUUUGAGUUCAUUUAUUGUUUAAAUUUAAAUAAUCUGUCAGUUUUUUUUUCUUGGCUGCUAUACUUUUCUCAUAAAACUCUCUAAAUAAAUUAAUAUUAUUAA